AUGGCCACACUGGCUAUGGCUGAUCAGGGAGCCCUGUCAAUUGGUAACAAUAUUGACGAUGCAGCGAUAAGUGGUCACAUUCCAUCGCCAUCAAGCCCUGCGCCAGAAAAGCAAUCACCGGGAUGGAAGAAAUCUCAUCAACGACUCGUUACCGCUGUGCGCGUAAGUGAUGUGGUAACCUCGGACAAGGCGCAAGAAAUUCCGGUGCAAAAAGAUAUACCAGUAACACCGGGUGACAAUGGGAAACUCAUAAAUGCUACAAAGGAAGAGACUGUCAUGAAAAGCCUUGCUGAUCAGGAGCCAAGCGCUGGUAUACCCCAACCUUCUGAGCUUCCAAGCACGAGCUUUGAGGGUCACAGUCUGGUUGAUUCAAUGAAUGAAUCCGAAAGCUCAAGUAGCAGUGAUUCGACCGUCAUCGGAUCAUCAGACGAAAGAGGUGUAAGUAGAGGGAGGCGCGGCAGAAGUCGCAAAACGUCCUCUCAGUCGACAAAGCUGGAUGCCUUGAGAUAUCUCGAAUCCGACUCAAUACGGACUUCCUCAAAUAGCUCUCCAUUCGGUCGUUCGUCAGUGGCACCGCUCAAUACAUCGCCGUCCAGCCAAAGCAGCACAUCGUCUCGCAGCAGUGGCUUCUACAGCGACGGGCUUACUGGGGACGACACAGACCGGAGUACAAGCCCAGAGCAAAGUCCGUUCAAUCGAGGGCUCCGCAUCAGGCCGGGGCUGCCUUACAUUGGGAGACGGCACAGUAGCUAUGGUACGCCCGAGAUGCCAAGAGGAAAUACCACGCUGCCUCACGUCUCCCCCAAAGUCCUCACUUCUCGAAUACUUGGACAGCCUCAUCCGCACGUCUCCAACCUUCCACGAGCCGAGAAGCUACCCUUGACCGGUUAUGAGCAGUUGGCCUCCCAGCUAUCUAGUCAAGGCUCUGAGAGCUCUGGACCCCAUCUGCGACCUAUUUAUCGCAGAUUUGAAAAACUGAAUCAUCGCCUGCUGUUACAUCUGCAAGAUGAGAUUUCUGAGUUGGAAGAGCAAUUGCACAGACUUGACACUGCGGAUACACAGACCAGGAGGCUGCAGACUUGUAUCAUGCCAGCGUCUCGGCGGGCUGAAACUCUAGCGGGAGGCGAGCUUCAAUGGCAUCGAACAGAUAUUCUUGGCAAGAUUGGUUUCAAGUUGGAGCAAUACAACCGUAUUCUAGCAUCAUUUCAAGCAACCGAAUGCUUCGAGACUCCAACCAUGGCUGACGUUCACGAGUAUCGGGGAUACUUGGCAACUCAUCGGCCAAUCGUUGAGAUUGAAAGUCAAUUCCUUGAUGCAGGAGAGGACCUCAUCUGUCUCGGUGACACUUUCGACAGCGGGUACGACGAAGAUGCGGCACCAACUCCCACGCCUCGUCGUGGCUCAAUCUCGUUCGAGCAGAGGUCGCUAGAUGAUGAUCCCCAGCAGUAUUUUCCGACUGUGAAUGACAAGGACUCUGCGUUGGAUGAUCCCUCAGUCCCGAUAAAUCUUGCCCUGGCCAUCGCCGUGGUCGUUCCGACAUUAAUAUUCAGCUUGAUCCCGGGCUUACUUGGACGCAUGGUCGUCGUAGCCUUGGUGGGGACUGGGGUUGUUGGCAUACUCAGACGAGGCCACGUGAUUGGCACACGCGUGACAAAGGAUUUUUGCAUUUGCGCUGGAACAUAUGGUGCCAUUAUGGCAGUGAUUGCGAGUGUUUGUGGAUAG